AUGGUGGCGAUGCCCCUGCUGAUGACGCCCGGGCUGCAGCGGCCGCUCCUUUGCAGGCUGCUGCGCCGCGCGGACCGCCUGGGGCCUCGCCGUCUCGUUCGCUACCUGACCACUGCGCUGCUGCCCCUCUGGGAUCGCCAUUUCCCACUGCUGAUGAUGAUUUUCCUCGACGCGAUCCCUUGGGGGACUGGGGAGAACUUGCUGCCCUAUGACGUGGGCCCGAUCUUGCUGAACCUCGUCAGGGACUUCCCCGGUUCGUUCGGUCGCUACGUCCGCGACUCCCUCAAACCUCAGCUGCGCGAGCAUAUGGCCACCAUGGGAGGUCGGCUGCAACGUGACUUGCUGCCGUUACCGCGCCCUGCCAUCGUGGAGACCGACGUCGUGCGCGACGGCGACGACCUUAGCGACCUGAACUGGGAGGCGCUCCACUGCAGGCUGGUUGUCACGGUGCUGGCGCUCAACUGGGAGGCAGGCUUUCGCUCGCUGAAGUUCGCGCGCCAUUGCCGCAGGCGCCCGAACGCUGCUCAGCGGGCAGCCUUGGCGGCCCUGGGCCGCCGCCUGUACCUGGCGACGCGCAUCGAGACCAGCCUGCCUGCGGAGCUCGACUGGGAGGACCGCCUGAAGGACCGCAAGAUCGGCUACGGUGGCGCCGAGAUCACCGCGCCUCACAAGCUGACCUUGGAGCAGGUGCUGGACGGCUUACCGCCGCCUGGUGUUGCGGCCUCGAUUGAGGCGGCCGACGUCGCGACGGGCUUCGUGCGGGACGCGUUGCUGGAUCCUGGGCUGGUGCUGCUGCCGCCUGCGCUGCGCCGUGCGGCGCCGACUUCGGCGCGGGUUUGGGCCUCGGAAGGCGAGUGGCAUCGCAUCGUUGAGGCCCUUCAUGAGCGCGGGAUGGUCGGCCCGAUCUCCGCGUCUGACAUCGCGUGCCGGGAUGGGUCGCCGCUGCUGAACGGAGCCUUGGGCGUUCCGAAGGCCCACGACGCCCCUGCCAAGUGCCAGGACGGGAUGCUGAGGCCCGUGCUCAGGCUCAUCACCAAUCUGAUCCCGUCGAAUGCCGGCCAGGAGUGCAUCGUUGGCGACACGCCCGAGAUGCCGACGAUGAGCCAGCUGAACGGCCUGGUCUUGACGGAGUCCGAGGACUUGCUGUGGAGCGGUGCCGACAGGAAGGCCUUCUUCUACGUCUUCCGUGCAGCGCCGCCGUGGUGGCCGCACACGGUGAUUGGGCUGCCCGCGCCGUCGCGCCUACUGGGUCUCAAGGACGGCGGCACUACCCACAUCAGCCUGCGGGUAAUCGGCAUGGGCUGGAGCAGCGCGGCGGGUGUCACGACUCACCUUCAUCGCAACGCGCUGCUCUGCAGCGGCGCGGUGCCUCGCGGCCUGAGCCCCAGCUGCGAGAUUACCCGGCGCCGCCGCCUGCCGCUUGGUGCAGAGAAGCCCUGCCCGCCUGCUUGGAUGGGGUACAUCGAUAACUUAGAGAUCGCCGAGAUCGUCGACAAAUCUGAGGCCGACAAGUUACGCGGGACGGUCCCCGAGCUGCUGACUGACGCUCGAGUCUGCUACGAGGCAGCAGGGGCAAGGCGAGCCAGCAUGCGAUUGAUACGUAUUCUUCUUGGGCGCUGGGUUCGCGCGCACUGCUUCCGCCGCCCGCUGGCCGCGAGCUUCGCUUACACCUGGAAGUGGCUCAACGACCCGCGCUGUGGAGGCCGCUUCAGCGUGAGCGUGAUCGAGGACUUGCUGAUGUGCCUAGCCCUGUCGGGGCUCUGCGUGGCCGACAUGAGGCUCGAUGUCGAUCACCUGGUGACGGCGUCGGACGCGUCGGAGGCCGCUGGAGCCGUGGUGCACAGCGCGGGGCUUACCGAGCGCGGCCGCGUCGUUGCGGGCAGGCGCCAGCGGCCCGCUAACGCCGCCUGCGAGGAGGAGACCGCCCUGAUCACCGUCUUUGAUGGUAUCGGUGGCGGACGCCGAGCCUUCGAGAUACUGGGCCUGGUACCAGCGGUGCAACUGUCGUUCGAGGUGGACCCGCAGGCGGUUCGCGUCGCGCGGCGCGCUUACCCUGGCACGCAGCACCUCGGAGAUGUUACAUCUGCUGACCCUGCUGCCCUGGCUGGUCUGCUGCGGGCCCGUGGCCGCGUCGCCCGCGUGGUGGUCAUCGGCGGCUUCCCAUGCCAGAUCUACGCGAGCUUGAACGUCGACCGCAAGGGCUCGUCGGACUCGCGCGCCUCGCUUGUCGAUCACAUGGUGAGGGUCAUCCGAGGCCUGCGGGCGGCCAUGCCCGAGGUGAGCGUUGACUUCCCCGGGGAAAAUGCGGCAUCAAUGGCAGAGUCCGACGUCCUUCACCUCUGCGGGUUGUUCGAGCGGAUCCCCUUGGAGGUUGAGGCUGGGGACAUUGGCUGGGUGAGGCGUCCUCGUCUCUACUGGCCGUCCUGGGACCUGCUGCCGUCGUGCGAGGCCAAGACCGUGAUGGUACUGACCAAGGACGGCGCCUCUCGCCGCCGGUGCCGCGUGUCGCUGGAGGUGGAGCGCCCGCCGCUCGAGGAGUGGCUGCCGGCUGGCGCGCGCUGCCCUGGAGCGGAAGGUGGCGAGCCCCUCCCUACGUUCGUUCGCUGGGCGCCGCGCUCGCAGCCGCGCCCCAGGCCCGCGGGCAUCGGGGAGCGCACGGCUGCUGAGCUGACGCGCUGGGAGGAGGCGGCCUUUGCGGCGCCGCCAUGCCAGUUCCGUGACAGGUGGUGCAUUUGCUGGCCUGACGGACGGAUCGCGCCUCCUGACGCGGUGAUGAGGGAGAAGCUGAUGGGCUUCGCCGAAGGCCACACCGCGCCCUGCAUGACCAGCAGUGCGGCGAAGUCCGAGCCCAGUAAGUACGAGGGGCUGAGGCGUUCGCUGAUCGGCAACUCGUUCCAGUGCGAGGUGGUGGCGUGGCUGCUGGCGCACUGGGCUGUUGCGGCUGGGCUGCUGGUGGCGGUGCCGCCCUUCUCCGAGCUGCGCGAGAGCGCUCGGGCCUGGGCUGGCGGGCGGAAGCUGUGGGCUGGCGACGUCACCUCGCUGCGACGCAGCCGCGCGGAGGUCGACGCGGAGGUCCGCGACGAGCUGGUGGCCUGCAGCGCAGCCGCGCCGGCCGAGCGGCAGCAGGCGGGCGAGGAACCCGCCGCAGCGGCGCCGGCGGCGGCCAACAGGCUCGUCUACGUCGGCCGCGGCUCACGGCGCUGGGGCCUCGCCCCGUCGUGUUUCGGCAGCCCGUUCGCAGUGGGCCCGAGCUGCUCCCGCGAGGACGCGGUGGCGCUGUUUGCUGGAUGGCUGCGCAAGCAGCCCGAGCUGCUUCGCCGCCUGGAGGACCUGCGCGGUGCCAAGCUGGUCUGCCACUGCAGUCAGUCCGAAGCAUGUCAUGCAGAUGUGCUGCUUGCAGAACUGGCCAAACGCGAUGCUGCGUCCUGGCGUGAUGCGGAUGUCUCGCGUAGGCUGGUGAUGGGCCUUGUGAUGGCGUGCCACAGCAAUGGUGCGGACCUUCGUGGUGACGGGAGCUCUGAGGAGUUCAACAAAGUUUUCCCUCGGCAAGAGAUUGAUGCAGGUCUUUGGCAAUGGCGUAAGGCACGACAGCUGGUGUGGGAUGUUCCUGAACAUAUCAAUGUACUGGAGUGCCAGGGCGCGCUGAUGAUGAUUCGAUGGCGUGCUCGGUCGUUGGGCCGACAGCAGCGAGUCUUCUUGCACCUCCUCGACAGUAUGGUCAACAUCGGUGCGCUCUCAAAGCACCGCUCAAGCAGCAGUCAGCUCAACAAGGUUGUGCGCAGCUUAUCAGCCUGGGAGCUGGCGACGGGCGGGCGGGCAGUAUUCGGGUUCACCUCAUCUGCUCGGAACCCCGCGGACGCGCCGUCGCGCCAGAAGGAAGGAGAAGCGGUCAAGCCCCGCCGACAGGCGCACGGCCAGAGCUGGCCUGGGGAAGCUGCAAGAUGCCCAGAUCGGCGCUGCCGCUCUUGCUGGAUUCCGUCGAGCAGCCAGCAGUUCGUCGGCCAUCUUAACGCCAUGAAUCUGCCGUUGCCGUUCAAUGGGAAGACACGGAUGUCACAUUACAAGUUUACCUUGUUGUGGGCCAAGGGUGCCACCAGGAGCCAAGCUAACGUUACACUGAGUUUGGUGCAGCACCUGUUGAGGACGCGCCAGCAGUACUCUGGCGCGCAUGAUUUCAGCUCUAGCCUUGCGGCAGAGCAUAAUGUCGUUGCCAUGGACAAG